CAUCCUAGGUGCGUACCUAUUCUCGUGGUUCCGCGCCGUCGCCCCGCCGGCUCUCUGUACUGGUAAUUGCGCGAUUCCCAUGUACCCCGCGGUAUGCGUAUACCCCGGCUGUACUGUGUCCUCCCUCCUGUUUUUGUGUGGAGCCGGUAGGCACCCUACGUAGCUCGCAUGUACAACUGUAUUCGGCAGUACGUCCAACACAGUACCCACGUCGCGGCCCUACUGAGAGAACCUGACAGCUUCCCCCCCAAUCAACCCUUGAUAGCUACCUAACCUCACCCCGCCAUCAUCAUCGUCAUAUGUUUUUCCUCCCCACCCGUCUUCCUCGCCCACUACCCAUUCGAAACCUUCUCUUUAAUAAUUGAACACCGGCUUCUUUUCCCUCGAGUUCUCAUUCCUAGCUGGCAUCUUACUUCGUUGCUCGCCUAUACCCCUCCCCGAGUAUCCCUAGCCUCAACUCAACCUAGAAACCACCCCUUCGAGGAUUGACCAUGAGCACUAAGACUGUCGAGUUCGCCUCCUUCGCGGACCAGAAGCCCGGAACCUCGGGUCUUCGAAAGAAGGUCAAGGUCUUCCAGCAACCCCACUACAGCGAAUCUUUCGUUACCAGCAUCCUCCUCUCCAUCCCCGAGGGCGCCGAUGGUGCCUUUCUAGUCAUUGGCGGUGAUGGCCGAUACUGGAAUCCCGAGGUCAUCCAGCUCAUCGCCAAGAUCAGUGCUGCGUAUGGAGUCAAGAAGCUGUUGAUCGGCCAGAAUGGCAUCCUGUCCACCCCCGCCGCCAGCCAUGUCAUCCGAAAGCGAAAGGCGACUGGAGGUAUCCUCCUAACUGCCAGCCACAAUCCCGGCGGGCCCACCCAAGAUUUCGGCAUCAAAUACAACCUAGCCAAUGGCGGUCCCGCUCCCGAGAGCGUGACGAACAAGAUUUUCGAGACCUCGAAAACCCUCACUUCUUACAAGAUCGCCGAUAUCCCCGACGUAGACAUUGCCACCAUCGGUACCCAGACGUACGGGGACCUCGAGGUCGAGAUCGUCGAUAGCACGGCCGACUAUGUGCAGAUGCUCAAGGAAAUCUUCGACUUCCCCCUCAUUAAGAAGUUCUUCACCGAAAACCCCGACUUCAAAGUGCUCUUCGAUGCUCUGCACGGCGUCACGGGUCCCUACGGCAAGGCAAUUUUCGAGCACGAACUCGGACUUGAGGGGUCCACGCAGAACUGCAUCCCGAGUCCCGAUUUCAACGGCGGACACCCAGACCCCAACCUGACUUACGCCCACUCCCUAGUAGAGGUCGUCGAUAAGAAUUCCAUUCCCUUCGGCGCCGCUUCCGAUGGCGACGGCGAUCGUAACAUGAUUUACGGCGCAGGCGCUUUUGUCUCGCCCGGAGACAGUCUGGCAAUUAUCGCCCACCAUGCGCAGCUCAUCCCCUACUUCAAAAAGCAGGGUGUCUAUGGCCUGGCCCGCAGUAUGCCGACCUCCGGUGCUGUUGAUCUUGUCGCCAAGGCCCAGGGGCUCAAUAGCUACGAGGUUCCUACAGGUUGGAAGUUCUUCUGUGCCCUCUUCGACGCAGACAAAUUGAGCAUCUGUGGCGAGGAGAGUUUUGGCACGGGUAGUAACCAUGUGCGAGAGAAGGAUGGCCUUUGGGCUGUGGUGGCAUGGCUCAAUAUCAUCUCUGGUCUAGGCGCGGCCAAUCCCGGAACUAAGCCAAGCAUCAAGCAGAUCCAAGAGGACUUCUGGAAGACUUACGGCCGGGUGUUUUUCACUCGCUAUGACUACGAGAAUGUAGACUCCGACGGUGCUAACAAGGUUGUCGGGACGCUGAAUGACCUUGUUGCUGAUCCCAACUUCAAGGGUAGCAAGAUAGGAGAGCGGACCGUAACUGAUGCUGGCAACUUCUCCUACACCGAUCUGGACGGCUCUGUUUCCUCCAACCAAGGCCUUUACGCUCGUUUUGACAGCGGCAGCCGGAUCGUAGUCCGAUUAUCGGGAACUGGAUCCUCGGGAGCGACAAUCCGCUUGUACAUCGAGAAAUACAGUAACGACCCGUCAACAUAUGGCCUGGAUGCGCAAGAAUUUCUCAAGGAUGAAAUCAAGUUUGCAACUGAUCUCCUGAAGUUCAAGGAAUAUGUGGGACGUGAUGAACCGGAUGUCAAGACAUGAGAAACAGCUGGAAUUUGCGCGAGUAGUUUAGCAACCAAAAAAAGCUUCGUGGGUUGGGAGGGCAGCAAUUGGAGUCUAGCAUGGAGGCAAUACUUGCAAUUACUGUCAAAUGGCCUUGGAGGAUUAGUGGAAUUCAAUAACAAGCUGCUGUUCAUGAGGAUGGGCAGCAAUGCUGAGAUAAUCUCAUUAAUAUCUAGGACUCUGCUCAGGACCAUAUUCUUAUGCUCCAGUCGAGAGUUGCGAAGCCCCCUCUAAUACUAAAGUGACAUUACCUAAAGUCAUCACAAGUUAAAACUUGAGGGGCAAGUUGUCCAAAUCUGUGAACUUCGUAAUAUUAUCCUAGC